GCAAAUCACCUGCCUCGUAGCUGACGGUGCUGCACCCAGCACUGGCCCUGCUUCGGCAGCGGUUGCAGCGCAACAGGCCUUGAACAUCUCCACUGUCUUUGGAUGUGAAGAUCCUGGCAGUUUCGAUGAGUUGCAACAGGAAGAGGCGGCCAAAGAUUUGCGCUGCAACUACCUCCUGGCACGGCGGCGUGUGAGGGCCUUCCAGCGUGAAGUCUGUGAACCCAUCAAUGCGGCCCUGGGACGGGAUUCGUCGUUCUCUGCCGUGCGACCGGAGCUGAAGACCCUCUUCAGCGCCAAAGAUGCUCUGGCGCAGCACAACAACUCCAGGAAACUCAUCGAUCUCCUCUACUGUGAUGUGAUCUGUGAAGAUUUUCAAGAAGUGCGGGCCGUGCUCCAAGCCUUGAAAGGCCGAGCUCAAGCCCAAAGUGAUGUGGGAGUACCAGGUGGUUUGCAGGUGCAUCAUGUGCGCGAUGGAUUCAGUCGCGACUUCCAGGACGCUGAAGGUCGUUGUGGAAAGAUCGUGGUGGAACUGGACGGCUACCUUGCUACAGUGCGCGUCUAUGAAGCUUCGUUGCACGAGUUGCGCGAACAGAUGGGCCGCGUGCAUCGCCUCGUCCAUGGGUUUGGAUUCUUUCAGGCCUGUGUGGAUUUCAUGGACAGUGAUACGCCCCUGCGUCCAUUGGUGGAGAUGAGGCCUCCAGCAUGGUUUCAACUGCUCCGUGCCUGCACGGGAUUGAUGCGUCUGUUGGCGCUGACGACCGCGGCUUACUUUGCCAUGCAAUACUUCGUGCGCUAUGGACCUCAGGCCGCCAAGGAACGCUUGCCGCGGUCCUUGGAUUCGCUGCUGGCGUGGAGCGACCAACACAACCAGGACGUGAAGGCCUUGCACCAGGCCCUGGGCAACACCGACGACGCCCUUGCAGCCUCCUUGGUGCCAUGGACGCGGGAGGGCGAUGGCUUCAGCUGGCUGGGCGGCUUUGUUUAUGCCUUCCCAUACGUGGUCCACGUGGUGAUCUUCAUGCAGGACCUGAUCCGGCGCCCUUCGUUCCGCACCUUGACCAACGCACCGAUGAAGCGGCUGAAGCCGAUGCACACCAUCUACGAGAAGUACUUUGGGGUCCAAGGCAGCCUCUACACCGCCAAGGUGGCCUUACUGCAGCUCCUGGCGUUGCCUUUGCAAUGCUUCGGAAAGAUCGGCCUCUUGGGUUCCAUCUGCACCGCCGGGAAGUUCGCGGACGAGGUGCGCUGGCAACACGAGGCGAAUUUAGGAGGUGAUGGGUCUGAACGCGCUGUCAGCGACCUGCUGGUGACGGGCUAUUGGAUCUUCGUCUUUUUCCUGGGCCUCAACUGCAUCUAUCCGGCCCUGCUCAUCAGUUUCGGCGAGCAUCGCUGGGCCAGCUUUCUGACCGCCUGGUCGGAUGCUAUCGUUCACCUGUCCUACAUCUUGAUUUACCUCACCAUGAGCUUGAUCUCCCUGCACAAGUUGCAUUUCAAGGACACGGUGAUCUACGUGGGGAAUAUGACGAUCCAACUUUCCAACGAGUUGAACCCCAUCUUCCCUUUCCCAACCACCUUGCUGGGUUACGUCUCCAUCUACAUCUCCUUGGUGCAUGUCUGCUGCGUCUGCCGCGUGUUGGAAGAUACCGCGGCCCAGUUUGCCUUGAAGAGCGCGGAGGAGCGCGGCUUUGAGCGUUCGAUGUCCAGUACGAGUCUGCUAACGUCACGACGUUUGGUCUCCAUUGCGUCCUUGUUCCAAGGGGUACGCAAGCGCACGCGCUUCCUGUUGUCCUUGCUGUAUUUCAUGGUGAUGGUGGGGAUUGUGAUGUUGGCCGUGGCCAAUCAGCAUGGCUACCCCAAGCAGGCUAUGGACACCCGCUGCUACCCCUGUUUGUGCAGCAAUGGCCAGAUGCCUGGCACCCUGCGUCUGGAAAGUUGUUGGUUGGCCUCCACCCUGCGUUUCAAGUAUUUGAACCUGGCGAACCGGGGAAUCAGUGAGUUGGAGCCACGCGCCAUGCAUCCCCUGGGUGAAGAUUUGCUGAUUCUAUCCUUGGCUUCCAACAACCUGCAGAACUUGCCCCCGGGCUUCUUCGGAGGACUUCGGGAGGCGCGACUGCUUGAUUUGAGCCAUUGUAUGCUGCAAGACCUGAAUCGCGGCCACUUCGAAGGUCUAGUGCAAGUGGGCUCGCUGUCCUUGAGUGGCAACCACAUCCGCCAGCUGCCGCCGGAUGUCUUCGAACCCAUGCCCCAGCUGAAACAGAUACUGCUGGGUGGCGAGCGUCGGAAUGUGGGUGAUGAAGAGCUUUUGGUGCUGGGGAAUCUGCUUUCAGAGCUUCCCGCUGGCAUUUUUAAGGACCUCCAAUGGCUGGUGCGGGUGGACAUCAGCCAAAACCGCCUGUCAUCCGUGCCGCGGGGCGUUUUCGAGUCCUUGCCACGCCUGGCGCAAAUUGAGCUGCGCGACAACUUGCUGCAGGAGAUCGACUCAGAGAUCUUCAUCGACCUCCCCUCCUUGGCCAACCUAUCCCUGGAGAACAACGUCCUGAGGCGCAUCGAGCCCGGCGCUUUCAGCAAAGUGCCAUCGCUGAGGCGCUUGGAUCUGGCGCGGAAUCAGUUGGAGGGGAUGCUGUCCGUGGCUGCGGCGACAGGCCUUGGCAACUUGGAACAGCUGAACCUGUCGCGGAACCACUUGCAGGGUAUCGAGUCAGGCGCCUUGGCCCUGCUAAGGCGCCUGCGAGUUCUGGAUUUGUCCAGCAACGAGCUCAGGAACUCCUCCUGGGCCGCCGUGGGGCUCCACUACUUGACCUCCUUGGAGGUGCUGUGCCUGGCGGAGGUGUACCUUCCCACGCUGCCGCCCUUGCCCAGCUCCCUCCGCCGCUUGGAGUUGCAAGGCAGCCGCUUGCGGAAUCUUAGUGGUUCAGCUUUCCACAACCUGAAGCAACUCGAGACACUGCAACUGCAGCAGAAUUUUCUAGGGCCCAGUUUGCCGCUGACGCUCUUCCGCGACCUCGAAGCGCUUCGCACUCUGAAGCUCGGUCGGAACCAACUGAAAGACCUGGAGCCUACCCAUUUCCAGGGCUGUGAGAACUUGGAGACCUUGGAUCUGUCGGAGAAUUUCCUGUCCAACUUGAGCGCUGGCACGUUCCCACCUUCAGUGAAGCUGCUGAAUCUCUCCUUCAACGUCCUGGGGUAUCUGCCACCCUUGGCCUUUGCAGCCAACCUGCGGCUGCGAUGGUUGCACUUGCGCUCGGCUGGGCUCCAGAAGUUGCAGCAGGAUUGCUUCCUGAACUUGACCGCCUUGCAGGGCCUCGACCUGGCCUCGAAUGCGCUCGACGACGACGCGAGCUUCGAAGACCUGGAGCAGUUGCGGUUCCUGGAUUUGUCGCAGAACCUGCUGAAGCAGUUGCGGACCGAGACCUUUAUUGGAAUGGAAGCAUUGGAGUGGCUGGACCUGGCCCAGAACCGCUUGGAGGGGAUGACAGGUGGCUUCAGUUUUGGUGCGCAGCUGGAGGUGCUCAAUUUGUCUUCCAACCAAUUGGGGGAGUUGUGGCCUGGAACCUUUCAGAAUGCCAGCCACUUGCUGAAUCUGGACUUGUCCUUCAACCCUUUGGGAUUGCUCCCAGCUGGCGUGUUUCAGGGCCUCGAGUCGUCCCUGCAGACGUUGGACCUGAGCCAUACGAAGCUCACGCGGCACACGACGCCGGAGCUUCCCGCCUUGAUCCUGCUGAAUUUGUCGGGCAAUGGUUUGGAACAGUUGCAGCCAAUGGAUUUCCAUGGCCUGUCAUCGUUGGAGAUACUGGACCUCUCGCACAACGCCUUGGGGAACGGAUCCAUAGUUGAGCCACUGAAGGAGUGCGGGAACUUGAGAUUCUUGUCUUUGGCCGGAAACUACUUCAAGGAGGCACCCAACUUGGAAGGGCUGCCUUUGGAGCGCUUGGAGCUGCAACAGAACGGCCUGCGCAACGUCAGCGGCUUGGAGGGGGCUGAGAUCCAAGAGUUGCUGCUGCAGGACAACCAGCUCACCGGCGACGUGGAGAAGUUGAUUUUUGGCUCCUUCCUCCGGGCUGUGAAUCUGGCCCGCAAUCGGCUCCAGUCCUUGUCCCGGAGCUCUGCAGCAUCUGAGAGCAACCUGGAAGUGCUGGACCUCUCGGAGAAUGACUUGGUGGAACUGGAGGAUGCCUUCUUCAGUUCUUUUGGACACCUGAAAGUGUUGAACCUCUCGCAGAACAAGCUGCAGAGAUUGAGCUUCCCCCCAGGGUCCCUGCCAGAGUUGCAGAUAUUGGAAGUGGUUGGGAAUCGCCUGGAACGGCUGCCCUGUGGGGCAGGAAGCCCGCAGGUGCUGGACGCCAAGUGGAAUCGGCUGAAGGAUGUGAGUGAGGCGCUGCCGUGCCUGUCCAAGACCCGCAAGCUGGACCUGUCCUACAACCAACUCAGUAGCGUCAGUUUGGCGCCGCUCUCGCGGCUCUUGGCCUUACACCUGGCCAUGAAUCAACUGCCUUGGCUCCCACAGAAGCUGCCCAGCAGUCUGCAGCUCUUGGAUUUGAGUGACAAUCCUUUGCGAAGGCCCAGCAGGGAUCAUCCACACCACCUCCCGCCCUUGCCAUCCUUGCUGAACUUGCGCCUGAGAAACGUGAGCCUCUCAGCUUUGACCGCAUGGACUUUCCAGCGGAUGCCGCGGCUGCGGGCUCUGGAUGUGUCCCAAAAUCGCCUACUCUACCUCCCACAAGGCAUUUUCCAGGGCAUCAGUCACCUCCGCAGCGUGCGCUUGGCGAACUGCUCCUUGCAACUGAUCAACGCCAAGACGCUCACCUUGCCGCGCUUGGAGGAAUUGGACCUCACUGGAAACCAGCUAAAGGCCAUCGCUCCCAGUUGCCUGGCUCAGUUGCCAUCGCUGAGAAGCUUGCAGCUGGCGGACAACCGUUUGGAAG